UCGCAGAACCGAUGUUCGUUCGACGCAUCGUGGUGUACAUGCUACGAGGUGUCGAGGCACUCGAGUAUAUCAUGUUAUACGACCUCGAUACGAGCGGAUUCGAGUAUGUGUGGGAGGUCUACAACCCAAUAGUUACGGACUGCGACACGGGCAUCAUCUCAGCAGAGCUCGAUUUCAACGAAAUAUGGACCGAUUCCGUAGCUCUUACAUUCAAUGGGGAUUGGAGUGAUAACGGAAUAGAGGUAGAUGCGAUCCAGGUGUAUGGGACACGAUCAACACCCUCCAACCUGCGCAUCGUAGAGGGCGACUCACUGACCCUGGGGCGAAUAGAGGUCUUCGACCCUUCCAGAACUCUGUGGGGCACCGUCUGCAGAGGCGGUGAUCUGGACACCAGGACAGGCGAGGUACUUGCGGAACAACUCGGCCAGGAUGGCUUUGAUCGGUUCGGAAGCGACGGGGAAUUCCAACCCAGCUUGUAUGUGGCCACAAUGAAGAAUCCUCAGUGUGGUUUAACGGAUGGCAAUAUCCUCAACUGCCAUCAGAACCCGGGAAGCUGUGACAUAACACACGUUGGCAUCAAAUUCACCGAGAGUACUUUGCCUCUUUGCGAAGGGACGGGUUUGGAAGACAGCGAAGUCGAAUGUUCUUGUCACAAAACUAUAUCCAACGCCUACGGUAGCAGUUGCAUGGGCUACGGAAAGAAGUGCUCACCAAUUUUUAUCUCACGCACCGCGGAUAUUGAUGUGCACCUGUAUGUACCUCCUACCUUUGCCAUCUUGCAGGCCAAUGCAGAAACGACAAAAGGAGAUAUUACAUCUCCCGUGCCUCCUACAACUCAAAGAGAAACAACAGCUGAAGGAACAACGUUCGCCGAAAGCACUGUCAAAGAAACAACUACAUUGAAUGUAACUUCUGAAACAGUAACAUUUCCUGGAACCACGGUUGGAAACUCAACCUUGAUACCUCAGACCAAACAUGAAGAAACAAUGUUGCCUGAAACCAGCGUUGAAGAAACGACGGUGGGUGAAUUUACUGCUGAAGAGACAACUCCAGUUGGAGUUACCGCUGCAGAAACGACGUUGGGUGAACUUCCCGCUGCAGAGACAACUCCUGUUGAAAUUAACGCUGCAAAAACGACUUUAGAUAAAUUUGCCACUGCACAGACAACUUCGGUUAAAGUCACAGCUGCAGAAACGACGUUGGGUGAUUUCAUCGCUGCAGAGACAACUUCAGUUGGACUUACAACUUCAGAAACAACUUCAGGACAGAUUACUGCAGUAGAUACAACUUUACCUGAAGUUACUGCUGCAGAAACAACAUUGGGAGAAUUUACUGCUGCUGAGACAACUUUAGUUGAAGUCAUCGCUGCAGAUACGACGCUGGGUGAAAUGACCUUGAUUGAAGUUACUGAAGCCGAAACCACUUUAGGAGAAGUCACAACAGCAGAGUUGAUGUCAGUCAAUACUUUCACGGUAUGGAACACAGAAACAGUGUCUUCUGUUGAUGGAACGGUCGUAUCAGAAGCGUUUGUCACUGAGCUAGCUAGAGAAACGCUGGAUCCUGAAGGUUCUGGGGAUUAUUAUAACAGCACAUUGAUGUUGCCAAUGGACUCUCAUGACGUGUUGGAAGGACAUCCGGACUCGGCCACAACAAAGCACUGCGCUAGCUUGGAUUGUCCAAAGAACUCCAGGUACAAUGAUGCUGAACUCGUAGACUUGAGGGGCGCGUCCGUGUCGGCGUCUACCUCGAAAGCGAAUCACAACCCUGAGAAGGCCUUCCUACAACAGAUCAUCACGGAUCCUCUGGACCUCGACUACCUGCACGACAACCACUUCCUCCCCGACUACGCGGAUUUCAAUGGAUGGCGCGCGAAAGACGAUGACACCCAACAGCCCUUCAUCCAGGUGGAAUUCGACCGGGUCGUUACCAUCCAGGGUAUGGCCAUCUUAGGUGGACAGGGCUCAUCUGCUCGCGUGGAAACACUGAAGGUCGCGUACUCUGACACGAGGAAGUUCGCUUGGAAAUACAUCUACGAGGACAGGUCCACCAACCCUUUGGUUUUUCAUCUGGAUUACGCGCCCGGAUAUGCUGAGCUGAUGCUAAACCCGUGGCGAGAAGCAACAGCACUAAUAUUAUUUCCACAAACAUGGAAGGAUGAAAUAUGGAUGCGAAUAUUUAUCGUGGGAGCAACCUACGAUGGUGGUCCAAUACCAUUUGGAAUGAAAAGCGGACAGAUCGGAAACGCCCUGAUUACGGCAAGCUCUUACCUCGACGAGGAUCACGCCCCCGAGAAAGGGCGUCUCAACGGCCCCUCUUCUUGGUGUGCCGCCCCCGGUGACAGCGACCCCUGGAUAAAAAUCGACCUUACCACCCGUGCACACAUUGACAAGUUCCUCGUCCAGGGACUCGCCGAUUCGUCCAUCGAUCAUCCGGCUGCGUCGGGCUCGUACCCGACCGAGUUGAAGUUCAAGGCGAGCGAGGUUGAUACUCCGGGAAAUGAAUUCUUUUUUAAAAUAGAUGUACAGCAGUCACAGGGCACCAUUGCCAAUGACGCCGAAGAUAUCCAGCAGUUUGUCACGACAUAUGAACCAGUCGCUCGGUACAUUCAUAUUAAAAUCAAAGAAUCAAAUUCUGCUUACAACUGCCUCCGAGUCGAGAUAUACGGUCACAUGAACUUUGAGCUAUGGCCGAGUUUCAACAAGACUAACAUAGACGAUCAUAUCGAGUAUGGAACCGAGAAUGAUGUCCAUCUUGAAUGCAGCUGUUUCACAGACCCUCCAAUUGAAACUUUCAAAGCAGAUUACUACUACGUCCUGAGCGGCACCGAAAUCGCCAACGAACUCUGCUCCGAACAUCACCGUGACACCAGGGAAGUACACACUACAGCAGAGCCAACUGCACCCACUGGACCACAGCUAGACAUGAAACUCUACACAGGCAGCGGGGGCGUAACGACCGGUUCAAUCUACACGGACAUUUUCAGUGUCGAGAUUACGUCGCCGGCGGUCCACGAUGUGACGUCACCGCCUACGUCAUCAUGGUUGUGUCCGGACAUUCAUCCGGACACGCUGUUUACGUCCACCGUAAUCUUUCGAGAAGCAAUCUCCAUUCGCAAAGGUAGCAUACGAUUCAAUUACUUUCUCCGCGGCGAUGUCCGGACAAGUUGGACUCUGUACAUGAGAGUGUGGCGGGAGGUCUUCGGUCUCCCAUCGGCACAAGACGAGGUUUUAGCCUCUACCUAUGGUUCAUCGGGUGGUUCCCCGGGGGAAUGGACAGAGUUCUACCUCGAGCGAGAAUUCAGUGAGAAUCCCUAUCAGCUUGUUGGAAUGUUCACCAUUGUUGCUGACGGACACUCCUUGGUUGCUUUUGAGCUGGAUAGCAUUCAGUUGAAAUCAGAAAGUUUUACUGAUGAGAAAGGGCACCUUCAGGGAAUGAAAAACCUGAAGAUCUCGGAUCACCAGAUCUCGGCAUCCAGCGCACUCGAUCUUAACACCGGACCAACAUCAGCUCGCUUAAUCGACGGUUCCGGUUGGUGCCCCAGUAUAAACGAUGCAAACCCAUGGAUUCAGGUUGAUAUGGAGAGGGAGGUAUUGUUAAAUGGAAUUAUGGUCCAGGGUAGGAAGAAUGUCGACGACUGGGUCACCAAGUACUACAUCCGGGUCAGCCAUGAUGCAAACACGUGGCAUUACUAUGACAACUUGAACUAUCCAACUAUCUUUGACGGAUCUUGGAGUUCAGAUGUUGUUGUUAUGCAGAAGUUAUUGAACCCGAUGUACUGCCAGUUCAUCCGCAUUUAUCCUGUUGCUAAUAACACGAACCCGUGUUUGCGAUUUGAUUUGACGUCAUACAACAAAGCAUAUGCAAAUGGUGGAUCCACAGUGUCACCAACCUCCAAAGAGGUCUCCAGCCCAUCUGAAGCAACAACAACAACACCUGUCACAACGCCCAAUGGCAUAACCAACGCAAAGAGCAGUACUACCAAAUCAACAACACCUUUGGCUGUCCAAGGUAUGACAUCAGCUGGGCAGGUUCAGAACUCGAUGACAUUUCACAGUACUGGUAAAACUGGUUUGGCCACGCCGACGGAUGGACCAGCGUCGACUACAGGUCCGAUGUCCUCCACGACAGCAGCAGGUUCAUCUACCAGUGGAACACAAAGCCACCAAGGUGGCGGCAAUGGUGGUGGUGGUAGUAGUGGUAGUGGUGGUGGUAGUAGCCCAUCAAUCCUGACACCCUCAACAACCACUGUAUCAGAUGGAGUGACAGAACAGCCUCGAGAGAAUGUGCCCAAUGAGAUUGUCAAUGCUAAGGGGGUUGAUGAGGUUUUCCUCGCUGUCACCGAUCCAAAUAUCACCGUGUCCUUUGAGACGGCAUCUGCAGCACUCAAAGUUGUUGCCAACCUUACGCAUAAGUCUUCAAGUUCACUUAACAAAGAGGAUAUCAACAGCAUAAGGGGGACAUUGACUGCUGUUUCGUCACAAGCAGCCUCAACAAGAGAAACAGCGCAGACAUUCUUGGACGUGGUUGGAAGUAUUCUUGUACCAAACGACACUUCAACAGAUUCUGGGAGAGAUUUUUCCGAGAAUUCAACAUCCCUAGAGAAACACGCCAGUAGUAUGAUGGAGAUUGUCGAAGAGUUUGCUACAGAUGUGGCUAAAAAUCUGUUAUCAACCGCCAACAAGGAGGUUGUCAUUCAGAAUGAUAGAUUAGUUCUACAUCUAACUAAGAUCUCGCCAGAGGAUGUUGAAAACACCACUGAAGCAAUAACGGUCAGCGUAAACUCAACCACUAACGAACUUCACUUUCCACCAUCUGUAUUCAGAGGAAAAAAUGUUACAAUUAGUGCAGUGGUCUUCAACACUCUUCACCUGACAUCAUCGUCUCAACUUGGUGGUCUCCAUGGCAAUGACACGCCUACCAGUGUGGGUUCAAAGAUCAUGUCAAUCCAGGUCGAGGCAACGGACGGGUCAAAUGUCACAUUCAGCGCUGAUGAACCAAUUGAAAUGGUCCUAGAACUAACCGAGGAUGCCAACACAACUAACACUCAAUCAUUGUGUGUCUUCUGGGAAUUUCUAGAAGAUGUGGAAUCAGGAGGGGUGUGGUCUACUGCUGGUUGUCAUAGAUACCAAACCGAGGGCUCUCAGAUCACAUGUCAUUGUGAUCACCUGACCAAUUUUGCAAUCCUCCUUCAAGUCAACCCAAAUCCAAAGGUAUUAUCCCUGGCUCACAGAGUGACAUUGGACAUGCUAACGUACAUUGGCUUGGCCCUGUCGAUAGCUGCUCUAGUAUGUACUCUCACCACGUUCACUUUACUCAAAUUGUUGAAAUCUCAGCGUACAAUAAUACAUGCAAACCUGUGUAUAGCAUUACUAUCAGCACAGCUUCUAUACCUGAUCGGAAUAGAGAGAACGACUCCAGCAGCAUUGUGUACUACCAUAGCUGUGCUACUGCAUUAUCUCUUUACAUCUACGUUCUCUUGGAUGUUAAUGGAGGGAAUCUAUAUUCUGAUGCAGUCUCGCUCUGCCUACGGGAAGGGAGGAAAGACAUGGAUGUACAUGGCGGCUGGAUGGGGUUCUCCUGUUGUAAUUGUAGCGAUAUCUCUUGGAGUGCGCCUAGAUGGAUAUGGCACAGAUGAUUAUUGUUGGUUAUCUGUUGAAAAUGGACUCAUGUGGGCUUUUGCUACUCCUGUGCUAGCAGUGUUGGCAAUGAACACAAUAGUCCUGAUCAUGGUGAUCCGUGUAUUCAUGGCGCUCAAGGCUAACUUGGAUAAAACAGAAGCUGAAAGAUUGAGGGCUGGAGUACGUGCAGUUCUUCUGCUACAACCAUUAUUGGGUUUUACAUGGAUAUUUGGCCUCCUUGCUGCUUAUGAUAGCUCACUCUUCUUUGCAUACAUGUUUGUCAUCUUCAACUCACUCCAGGGGGUAUUUAUCUUUAUCGUCAACUGCUUGAUGAAUGACGAGGUCAAGAAAGCCUUCCGAACCAAAUAUCACAAAUACGGGGGCCGCCAUGGACGAAGAAGAUCCACUCAAACGACUCAGAUCUCAACCACUGAGACGUCGGUAGCUCUCAAGACUACCAGGGCUUUCAUGGAUCGUAGUCAGGCUACUAGCAAGUCAAGUAACAGAUCAAGCGUCGUUGAUGGGCUUGCCAUCAAGAUGAGGAGCACAAAAGUGAAACCAAUAGCAGAUGAUAAAUCGACAACAAAUUUGUGACGUGGUUUGCUGGACUUUAACUAUCAAGUAUCAUGCCUUUGUCAUUCACUGUGGACCAUCAUCUUGUUCAGCACUUCUCAACCAAUGGCCCACUAGUGAGUCGCAAACCUAUUCCAGGUGGCUGCAAAGAUAUGUGAUACUGACAAGAUUGCAGCUAAGAUCUUAGCAAUAUGUUGUGUUUUGAAAGGAGCAGCUAACAAUAUUUUAAAGAUAAAGGGUUUUGUUAAUUUUUUCAAUGUUAAGUAAGUAGCAAAAUAGCUUGAAUUUAGUUGUAUUUCUAAACCAAAUCACAUGUGAGUGAAAAUAACUCUAUGAACAGCUCUAGGUAACACCACCAUGGUCAUUAUACUGUUACAUCAAAUGUUCCAAAUGGAUUUCAAAACCUUUAAUGGGCUUGAAUUUUAAUUGUGAACAAGGAAAGAAAUAUGCAUUUCUGAGAGCCACCUUUCAAACUCCUUCUAUGUCUUGUUUCUUAAAGACUUGUUAUUAUAACAAAUGAACAAUUUCUAUAAUAAUUUUACAAUCAACCAAUCAGAUUAAAGGACUUCAGUAGCUUUUAACUGUUAUUGCAAAUUUGUUAUAACAAGUUUUAUGGAAUGGGCCCCUGAACUUGUUUUUUGUUUUUGUUUUGUUUUUUAGAUAUAAGGCUCGGUCACUCAAGAAGCAGUAAUUGUAUAUCAGCAAAAAAAAAGAAAAUCAGUUAAAUAUUUCUGAAUGUCUCAAUACUAGUAUAUAUAUUAGGUCUUUGCAAUGUGGGUUUUUGUUUAUCAAGAAUAUAUAACAUGUUUGGUACUUUAUCUAAAAUAAUGCUAUUGUUAUAAAAUGAACUCAUAUUUCAUUUACCUUGUAAUUCACUUUUUAAAUUUGCCUCAAGUGUGUGACUCCCAAGAACCCACUGUUUGGAGUAGACCCUACCUUUUAAUAAUUGAUUGUUGAUUUGAUUGUUAAAUGUUACAAAGUGAUUAGUACCAUGCUAUGAAAAUUGUGUUACUAAAACAUUGACAGUGUCAGUAUUAACACAAGGCUAAGAAUUUUGUAAAAACAAGUGUGAUUCUUUUCAGUGAUGUGUGAUAAAUUUAGAGCAUCCGUGAAGGUCUUUUUAGGGGCAAGUUCAUUGAUAUAACAACUGAAACAGAAUUUUCUAUCUUAUGUCACUAUAUUCAUUUAAUUCUAAAUAGUUUCACUUCCUGUAAGUCAUGAACAGUACUGUUAAAUCUAACAGAAUGUUUGUUACAGUGUCAAGUUAUUUUUUUUCAUCAAUUCAAAGUCUCUAUUUUUAUACUCUUUGUACAUAGGCAUUACUGAAACGAGAUAAAUUCACUAUUUUUUCUUUAGAUUGAUGUACAGUUUUUAGUGAAAAUGUUCUAUUAUAGAGACAUGUAUUACAAACCCAAUUUCAAUUUUUAAGCUUCAGAUGUGGGUCUCCCGCAUUUCUGAAAUGACUUCUAGUUGAUACAAGGUUGUUUUCAAUAUUGAAAAAAAAAAAAUCAGUACUUAACUUUUACCAUAAGCUUGAAAAUUUCAAUUGAAAACAAAUUUAUGAAAUUAAGCCAGGAUAUUUGGGAAAUGCCUCUUUUUGGAGCCUACAUCAAUUUCAAGAUUUUGGCUCACAAAGAGUCAAGAUGGCCAUCUCCUACAUUUCUGUAAUGACUUCUUGUUGAUAUUUGGUUGCUCUUGAUAUCAAAACAGGAAUAGAAAAGAAGAAAGCAAAUGUGUUCAGUUAUAAUAAUGCAUUUUUCAAAAUCAUUGUUUACCUCUUAAUACUUUGUUUAUUGACAUUGAAAUGAUUUCUGUAAAUGUAAAAUGAUAUACAUGUAUGUUAUACAGUGUUUGGGCUGACACAGUCUCAGACAAUACAAAGACAGAUAUGAUUCCAAGGCACUUGUGUCUGCAGAAUCAGCAGAGACUGAGACGAGACACCAGACACACAACCAUUGUCUCGAGAGAUGUAUCAAGACACCCAACAAAGGUGUUCCGUAAUAUGGAAUAAACUAAUAUCAAAUCAAAUCCCAUCAGGGCCCCUUAACACAAAGCUUAGCAUUCAAUUGUAGAACAACUUUUUAUAACAUGAAUGAAUUAACAAUAACAUACAAUUAGUCACUGAAAUCAAUUGUUCUCUCAAUUGCUAGGCUUUGUGAUACAGGAACUAAGGCUUUGUAACAUUAACACAAAGCUUAGUGUUUGAUCACUGGGCUUAAGUUUAUGCUGAUUACAUUGAUCAUUAGGCAGGUUCACACACAGAAGGAAUUGAAAUUUGAAUCGUAAUCAAAAUUUCAUUUUUUUUUCUUGACUGUUUAUACACACCAAUAAAUCACACUCCGUUACAAGGAAGAAAUUAUCAAAACUUGAGUGACCAGAGAUUGACCCGAUAGGGUUUCACACGUGCACAAAUCAAAGAGCUAGAUAUGAGAUUUACAUGAUGAGCUACGCAAGUUGGCAACCACAGAAUAACCAAACACAAACAUGUGUAUUCGUUUACUACAUACCGUAUGGGAUAUACGUAUGUAUAGUGUACACGGCCGCCAAAGAAAAACAGCCGAUACAAAACCGGAUGUCGACGUUCACACGCUAUGCAUGAUGUGAUUUAAAAAAUGUUCUUUGAAUCUCGAAUCAGUCCACACACGAUGCAUGUAAAAUCACGAUUAUUAUGAAAAAUCACAGUUCUUACUGCGAGUGUGAUCGCAAUUAGACUCGCAGUAAGAACUGACAAUUUUCUGUCCACACACACACACACACACACAAAAAUCGAAAUUUUGAACGUUAUUAGAAAAUUGAUUUUUGGAUCACACUUUUUCCUUGUGUUUAAACGGCCCUAAUACUUGCAAUGAAGCUGACAAAGCAAUUGUACGAUUAAUCACUAUGCUUAGUGUGCCCAGCCCCAGUAUGUACAUGUAAUGAAUAAGCUUCCACUGGAUUCCUUCUCACUUGCUCCAUCAUAAAGCAACAAAUCAAACAGAUUUAUUCAAUAUCUUCUGAUAUUUUUAUGUUAGAAUUCAUUUAAUUCAUAUCACCUAUGAAUAAACAGUUGCAUAUCAUGUAUGCUCACACAACAUUGUGUGCAUUAAAAUAGAAACAACUCGUACAACAUAUUACAACAAUCCUUUUUACCAUUACAUAUAUAGAACUAUAAAGUAUUCCUCUCAUUUGCACUGCUGUAUGAAAAGUUAACAGGAAAUUAAGUUAAAACUGAAUGAUAUUCCUGCUAUGUAUUUACAUCGCUCAGAUUAUGGUAAUUUGGCAAAUUGUCUGAUUAUUUUUAAAUGAGGGUGCACUUUUUGAAAAUCAGAGCAUAAUACAUUGUAUUUGAAUAAUAUUCAGCAAUAAUACCCAUUUAGGUCUAAGAAUACAAAAUAUAUUAUUAAUUUUAAUUCAAGCAGCCUAUAGGCAUAUACUACACAUAUUUUGUCAAUGUAUUCUUCAAAAGCACUUGAUUUGUGAGGGCAAUAAUAUUCAUAUGAAUUUAUAUUUUACUCAAAAGAUAGCAGAAAUAAUAACUUUAAAAACCCAUAUCACCUUGUAAUGUCAUUGUGAAACUACUCUAUUCUUGUUUGAGAAUCUUGGUCUGAAUAAAAUUCUGAUUUGUGCGUCAAAGU